AUGUAUCAACUUUUUGCUGAGCUGGAGUCAUCUGUAAUCGUCACCGAGCAAAAGCUGGCAGACCGAGAUCGGUAUAUCUUGCGCUCAAAUACAUUUGAUGUCACCGAACUCGAACGGCUACGACGUGAGGCUGUUCCUUCAUCGGAUGAAAAUGCUACGGCUGAGGAUGCGGUGCCACAACUUGCAGAGGAACCGGCAAACGUGAAUGUCGCCGUAAAUAUCCCAGUUGUGGUUGAUUCAAACGAUGAUGGAACAGUCGCCCAGAAAAUGGAACUAGAGCAAAUGAGGAGUACAUUGGAAGAUGCUAUUGUGGAAACGCGCAUUACGCAUUACACGAAAAUUGACCGCGACUUCCCCGCAUAG